ACCGCGACCACGGCCCUGAAGUGAAAGCGAAAGCCGCGGGACCCAGGCGCGCUCCCCGCGAGGGCGUCGCUGCGCACCCAGGAGAUCCAGUUUGAGAAGCAGCAGAUUCCAGAAGCUCUCCUGAGCGGCCGCUCCGCAGCCGCAGACCCCACCAUGGCGCUGCCCUAUCUGAGGCCCUGGGUCUCUCUGCUGCUGUUGGACAUGGCUUUACUUGGGUUGCUACAAGGAUCUCUGGGAAAUCUGCUUCCCCGGGGGCUGCCAGGACUCUGGCUGGAGGGCACCCUGCGACUUGGAGUGCUGUGGGGACUGCUAAAAGUGGGAGGGCUGCUGGGACUUGUGGGGACCCUUCUGCCCUUGCUCUGCCUGGCCACUCCCCUAUUUUUCUCGCUGAAAGCCCUGGUGGGAGGCACCGUGAGCACCUCAGUCGUCCGAGUGGCUUCUGCCUCUUGGGGCUGGCUGCUGGCUGGCUAUGGGGCUGCCGCGCUGAGCUGGGCCGUGUGGGCUGUGCUGAGCCCGGCUGGUGUCCAGGAGAAGGAACCGGGUCAGGAGAACAACAGAACACUGAUGAAGCGGUUGCUGAAGCUGUCCAGGCCGGACCUGCCUUUCCUCAUAGCUGCCUUCUUCUUCCUCGUGCUGGCUGUGUGGGGGGAGACGUUAAUCCCUCGCUAUUCCGGUCGUGUGAUUGACAUCCUGGGAGGUGAUUUCGACCCCGACGCCUUUGCAAGCGCCAUCUUUCUCAUGUGCCUCUACUCUGUUGGGAGCUCCCUCUCUGCAGGCUGUAGAGGAGGCUCCUUCCUCUUCACCAUGUCCAGGAUCAACCUGCGGAUACGAGAGCAGCUUUUCUCAUCGUUGUUGCGCCAAGACCUUGGAUUCUUCCAGGAGACCAAGACAGGGGAGCUGAACUCGCGGCUGAGCUCUGACACCUCUCUGAUGAGCCGCUGGCUCCCUUUCAAUGCCAAUAUCCUGUUGCGGAGCCUGGUGAAGGUGGUGGGGCUCUACUUCUUCAUGCUCCAGGUGUCGCCCAGACUCACCUUCCUCUCCCUGCUGGACCUGCCCCUCACAAUAGCAGCCGAGAAGGUGUACAACCCCCGCCAUCAGGCGGUGCUAAAGGAGAUCCAGGAUGCAGUGGCCAAAGCAGGGCAGGUGGUGCGCGAGGCCAUAGGAGGGCUGCAGACUGUGAGAAGCUUUGGGGCGGAGGAGCAGGAAGUCAGUCGCUACAAGGAAGCCCUGGAGCGAUGUAGACAGCUGUGGUGGCGCCGAGACCUGGAAAAAGACGUGUAUCUAGUCAUCCGGAGGGUGAUGGCCUUGGGCAUGCAGGUGCUGAUUCUGAACUGCGGUGUGCAGCAGAUCCUGGCUGGGGAGGUCACCCGGGGCGGCCUGCUCUCCUUCCUGCUGUAUCAGGAGGAAGUGGGGCACUAUGUCCGGAACCUGGUUUACAUGUAUGGGGAUAUGCUGAGCAACGUGGGUGCUGCUGAAAAGGUUUUUUCCUACCUGGACCGAAGACCGAAUCUGCCCCAGCCUGGGAUCCUGGCCCCUCCCUGGCUGGAGGGGCGCGUGGAAUUCCAAGACGUCUCCUUUUCUUAUCCCAGUCGCCCCGAGAAGCCUGUGCUCCAGGGUCUGACGUUCACCCUGCAUCCUGGAACGGUAACAGCGUUGGUGGGACCCAAUGGGUCAGGGAAGAGCACCGUGGCUGCCCUGCUGCAGAACCUGUACCAGCCCACCGGGGGCCAGCUGCUGCUGGAUGGCGAGCCCCUGACCGAGUAUGAUCACCACUACCUGCACCGCCAGGUGGUUCUGGUGGGACAGGAGCCGGUGCUGUUUUCGGGUUCUGUCAAGGACAAUAUUGUCUAUGGCCUGAGGGACUGUGAGGACGCUCAGGUGAUGGCAGCUGCCCAGGCGGCCUGUGCAGAUGACUUCAUAGGGGAAAUGACUAAUGGAAUAAACACAGAAAUCGGGGAGAAAGGGGGCCAGUUAGCUGUGGGACAGAAGCAACGUCUGGCCAUUGCCCGGGCCCUUGUACGGAACCCACGGGUCCUCAUCCUGGAUGAGGCUACCAGCGCCCUGGAUGCCCAGUGUGAGCAGGCCCUACAGGCCUGGAGAUCGCAGGGGGACAGGACGAUGCUGGUGAUUGCCCACAGGCUGCACACGGUUCAGAAUGCUGACCAAGUUCUGGUGCUCAAGCAGGGGCGUCUGGUGGAGCAUGACCAGCUCAGGGACGACCAGGAUGUCUACGCCCACCUGGUACAGCAGCGGCUGGAGGCUGAGGCCUCCAGACCCUGAGCCCCUCUCAGGACUGUGGCCAGGAUCAGACCCACAGGGACUGUGCCGGAGGCUAGGGUCAGGAUAAAGAUUGGGACCGUUUUGAACUUCGUGUUUUGGUGGCCUUGAUGGGUGAGGGUUGGGGGAUGGGGUGGUCACUGGGCGGAGUGGGUGGUUUGUGGUUCUAGAAACAUUAUUUUUUUUUUGCUGAAUAUAAAAAUAAUAAAUAUAUAUAUAAAAUGCUUUUCCUUAA